CGCUCGGCCUGAUGGACGCGCCGCCUUCCUCCAAUGGGGGCGAAGGGAAGCCCGAGCGUGUAGCCCCGGCGAGGCCGCAUAAAAGCCGCCCCGCCGGGCUCAGGCUUCAUUCUGAGUCGAGCCUGGUGCCGAGCGCAGACAGCUCAGCGGGCGGCGGCGGCCUGAGCUCCAGGGCAGCGCGGUCUCUCCCGGUCUCUCCUGCCACCGCGGUCAGCAUGAAAGCCUUCAGCCCGGUGAGGUCCGUUAGGAAAAACAGCCUGUCGGACCACAGCUUGGGCAUCUCCAGGAGCAAAACCCCGGUGGACGACCCCAUGAGCCUGCUGUACAACAUGAACGACUGCUACUCCAAGCUCAAGGAGCUGGUGCCCAGCAUCCCCCAGAACAAGAAGGUGAGCAAGAUGGAAAUCCUGCAGCACGUCAUCGACUACAUCUUGGACCUGCAGAUCGCUCUGGACUCGCACCCCACUAUUGUCAGCCUGCACCACCAGAGACCCGGGCAGAACCAGGCGUCCAGGACGCCGCUGACCACUCUCAACACGGACAUCAGCAUCCUGUCUUUGCAGGCUUCUGAAUUUCCUUCCGAGUUCAUGUCAAAUGACAGCAAAGCACUCUGUGGCUGAAUACAUGGUGUUCAUGACUUUUUUUUUUCUUUGCACAACAACAACAACAAAUCCACAGAAUCGUUUAAGGCGCUGAACUUAUUUUUCAACCAUUUCACAAGGAGGACAAAAACAAGUUGAAUGGACCUUUUUAAAAAGAAAAAAAAAAUGGAAGGAAAACUAAGAAUGGUCAUCUUCCCAGGGUGUUCUCUGACCUGGACUGUGAUAUUCGUUAUUUAUGAAAAAGACUUUUAAAUGCCCUUUCUGCAGUUGGAAGGUUUUCUUUAUAUACUAUUCCCACCAUGGGGAGCGAAAACGUUAAAAUCACAAGGAAUUGCCCAAUCUAAGCAGACUUUGCCUUUUUUCAAAGGUGGAGCGUGAAUACCAGAAGGAUUCAGUAUUCAGUUACUUAAAUGAAGUCUUUUGGUCAGAAAUUACCUUUUUGACGCGAGCCUACUGAAUGCUGUGUAUAUAUUUAUAUAUAAAUAUAUAUAUAUUGAGUGAAACCUUGUGAACUCUUUAAUUAGAGUUUUCUUGUAUAGUGGCAGAGAUGUAUAUUUCUGCAUUAAAAAGUGUAAUGAUGUACUUAUUCAUACUAAACUUUUUAUAAAAGUUUAGUUGUAAACUUAACCCUUUUAUACAAAAUAAAUCAAGUGUGUUUAUUGAAUGGUGAUUGCCUGCUUUAUUUCAGAGGACCAGUGCUUUGAUUUUUAUUAUGCUAUGUUAUAACUGAACCCAAAUAAGUACAAGUUCAAAUUUAUGUAGACUGUAUAAGAUUAUAAUAAAACAUGUCUGAAGUCAA